CGUUAGACAACCAUAUUGCUUAAAAUAUGAGAAAAUGAGAAAAUGGGAAAUUGCUUAAAAUCAGUCUGACUGACGAAGAUCAUUUUACAAAUUUAUUCUUGCUUCCGUUCCGAAAUCUCUCUCUCUCGGCGAUAAUGGCGGAAUCACCGUCGCACAGUGGCGCGCAGGUUGUUGCUCAUCAACCUCCUGAUCAGCAAGCUGAAUCGGAUCUGGCGUCUCUCGUAUUCGAAAUGUCACAGCAAGUUCAGAUGGGAAUGGAGAAUAUGCUCAAGUUGGUCAAUGAGAUCGAUCAAAACUCUGUUGGAAUCAAGGAAGAGAUUGAGAAAUCAAAGGAUUUUGCUAUGGAGAAGAAAAGGGUUCUCGAGGAAGAGAAAGAACAGUUUCAGAAAGCUGCUUACACUAUUCUAGACAUGCUGAGCAACCGAGGCUAACAUGCGGGAGAUGCAUGCUCUGGAGAAAUACUCUAUCAGACUCUCACUGGUUUGGUUUUGUAUUAAGCUUGACACCGAAAGUUUUAUCACAACAAGUGCGAAUACAGAAAUAAAUUGUAAAAUCGUCCCUCCUUUGGCGGGAGAAUUUCCCAGAAUUUCUCCGUUUUACACCCAUUCAUCAUCUUCUCUUCUUCCACUCUCUCUCUCUCUCUCUCUCUCUCUCUCCCCGAAAAUGGUAACGCUCCGCCAGAGGACAACGGUCGCGACCCAAGAACCCGAGCCGGUGAUGAAAGAAGAAGGACUCUGCGGCGACAACUUGACGAUUGUGGUGGACGACGAUUCGUCCACCGACUCAGCAGUGAAGCACUUGCGUGGACGCUGGGAACUUGCUUCCGUCUUUGCACCACUUGUCUCUGAUAAAUUGAAGCUAACAGCUGAAGAAAUUGAGAUGGGUCUUAUCGAUUCCAACUCCACAAAUGCUCAGCUUCACAUUGCACUUUUAAAGGGGAUACCACCGGUAAAUAAAACCCUUGACGAUGGAGAUGCAUGGAUCACGGUGUUGUGUAAGACACUCGAUCCAUGGUGGCCAUGGAUUGCUAAGGGUGACAUUCCUAUAACCGCUAACAAAGGGUAUUUGGUUGAAAUGGUAUUGCCUAACAACUUUCUUCUCUCCUGCUGUAUGGAUAGGGAGGAAAUAUCUGAGUACAAAGGACUUGACCCUAUUAAUCGCCUGCAGCUUCUGAAAGCACUUUGUGAGCUUCGAGUCCAACAAGAUGAUGCUCGUGCGUAUAUUCAAGAGAAUGCCAAGGAAGGAGCCUCUGAUUCAUGUAUCCGCAAAAGGAAGUUAGGAGGAGAUGGAAAGAAGACUUCUUACUGGUGUGAUGAACAUUUAUUGUUUGAUGGUAAUGACAUCCAGGGUUACAGACUAUAUAGGGAAGUCAAUGAAAUCUCAAAGAGCGCAAAAGCAAAGAAGAAUGCAUGCUCUGAUCUAUCUUGUUGCUGCUGGGAAACUGAAGCAACUACUCUAGAUGAAUUUCAAAGAGUCGCUGGUGAGUUAUCAUCAAGCAAAGCUUCUUCUUUGGCUGCUAUCGGCAAGUUGAUUGAGACAGAUGCUAUACCCAUUGUUGAGAAAUAUCAGAAAAAGAAAGAAAGGGCCAUCAAAAAGAAAAUGAAGCAGGAGAUGGCCGUUAGAGUCAGUUUCUCCCGUCCUAUCCGCACCACCCGUUCUUGUCGAAACCGCAUGCCCGCUACUUACACCUUUGACGCGUAUGACAAAAUGAUCAGUGAUGCUGUGGAGGAGACAGAGGAAACGGAUCGAGAUGAUGAGGAAGGAAAUGAGCAACAAAGUGCCUCAUUGGUGGUUUCAGAAGACAGUUCUGAAGGUAAGAAGAUGAAGUCAACAGAGGGUGUUACAGAAUCGGAGGAAGAAGCGCCUGAAAGCGAAAAUGGUGAUGUAAAAGAGAUCGAGAAAAGCAAGGAAGACUCAGAGGGAAAGAGAGAGUUCGGUGCCAAAAACAGGCUGAGACAAAGAGUGACGAGGAACUCUGCUCUCUGCUAG